GAGGCAUCAACCUCGAGUGAACGAGGCACCAACAUUUUUCAAUCGGCAGCCAAUAUCGUCUGCAAGCUACAAUUAAGGAGCUGUCAACUCUAUACCAAACAACAUGUUUAAAUGGCACGUUCACUCGGCCAUAGGCCGCGGCAGACCUGCAACUCAUGAUUUUGCCAGGGUCGCAGAAGGAAUUGCUGCUUCACUGAGGCAAUUCUCGAUUUCUGCUUCUCGAUAUGCUCAAGAAGAUGGAAAUGGAGAUGCCCUCAGAACCAAACCCUCUCGAUCCUCCGAUGCUCUCCGAGAAGUCUCCUCCUUAAUCCCUAACCCAUCACGCGGCAUUGACGCCCGUUCUCUCGCCGCCAAACCUCCCCAACAGCUCAAGAUCACAAGAGAGAUGGUCGAUAGUCCCAUGCCAAGAGGGAAUCGUACUGGCUCCAGUUUUGUACCCCGAGGAGACUUUAGAGGACCUAGACCUGGUGGAUUCAGUAGAGGUGGAGGAGUGCGUGGCGGUACGCGGGGAGGACGGGGGAAACGAGGAGCGGCCAGGGGGAGAGGUAGAGGACGCGGGAGAAAGGUAAAUGCAAAGGAUAAGCUCCAGAGGGAAAAAGGAGAGGAUGAUUCCGAACCAGUACCGCUUACGCCAGAGGAGUUGGAGUAUCUCGAUGACAGGGUCGGAGGGUUCCAAGCACCGUACAAACCAGUCACAAGUGCAGAGGAUCUAGCUCGAUGGGGACCGCCUGUCAUUUCGAGUCCGAGAGGUGUGGUGGAAUCGCUGGUAUAUAAGAUGGCUGUGGCAACGGAUAACGUGAAUCCCGAGUUCAAGAGCGCUGCAAAUCAUCAUGACAAGAUGAUGUCUGGACCAGGCACGCUGUUCGAGAAUGCUACUGAAAGAAAGAGGGCAAAGGCGGUAUUUAAGAAGGCUGACAAGCUUUCUCAGGAGGACAAGGAGGGCAUGAUGAAGCAGUGGGUUGCUGGACAGUAUGUACCGCCGCAAAGUGCUACGGAGCCAGGAGAUGUGCUGGCACAGGUCGCGGCGUACACCAGGAGGAAUGAGACGUAUCUGCCAGCUGAUGCAAGGAAGUUGGAGGAGACAUUAAGGGCACUGUUACCAGCAAAGAUGUUGGGACCCAAGCCACAAGCUGCGAAGCGUCCAGCCUAGUCUCCUACAUUAAAAAUGUUUUACCAUAAUGUACAAAAGAUUCUGUAGAAUAUACA